AUGAAAAAAGUUACAUCUCGUUGGAUACCUCAUCAACUGAAUGAUGAACAAAAGCAAGAACGAGUUCGACUUUGUCGUGAAAAUUUAGCAAAAUUUCGUGAUGGUUCCUGGCGAUUAUGUGAUAUUAUUACAGGUGAUGAGACGUGGAUUUACCAUAGGCAGAUUCAUCACAGGUCAACAAAAAAAACCUGGAUUGGCGAAGGUGAAUCACCACGUACUAUCGCUCGUCGACGCAAAUUUGAACGAAAAAAUUUAUUUUCUAUAUUCUUUAAAUCAAAUCGUCCUGUUCUAAUACAUGCUGUUGAUAAUGACGAGACUAUAGAUCACGACUAUUAUAUAGAAAAUUGUCUCAAGCCUGUUGUCAAAGAAAUACGGAAACAAAGAAAGUCAAAUGGUACUAAAGGCAUAAAGUUGCUUCACGACAAGCCUUCACCCCAUCGUCAUUCAUAUAUUAUUAAUUAUUUAACAGAAGAAGGUAUCAAUAUAAUACCACAUCCACCAUUUUCACCUGACCUUGCACCCUGUGAUUAUUGGCUAAAUGAUUACAUCAAACAGAAUUUAACUGAUCAAUCAGAUGAAAAAUCAUUGACUCGUGCAGUUUCUAAGCUAAUAAAAAAUAUUCCAGAAGAAGAAUUUAAAAAAACUUUUGACAAACUAUUAGAGAGGAUGAAACUUUGUAUAAAUAAUCAUGGUGGCUAUUUUGAACAUUCAAUAAAAUAA